AUGGAAGAGCUGGCAGAAGACGAGCUCGAUGGAAGCACAGAUAGAGAAGAUGAAGAUGAUGAUUUUGUAGAGCCUGCUGCCGGCCGUAGCGAGGAGGAAGGCGAACGAAGAGAGGGCAGCGGCGCCGAUGACGAGCACACCGGAGCGCUGGGCGACGCCAUCGAGGGCUCUGCGGAGGCCCACGACUGGCUGGACUCGCGGCGCAUGCGCACCCAGCACGACCACCUCAAGCCCAUGAAGCUGGGCAUGGUCGUUCUGCCCGACGCCCUCAAGAAGCGCAUCGGCGCCACACUCAAGAAGGUGGGAAGAACGGGACUGCGACGUACGGCGGGUCUGCUGUCGGAGCGGCUGCGGGAGCGGACGCGCCUGGUGCCGGGCCAGCCCAAGUCGGUGAUGCCCGACCCGGUCGUCUACCGGCGCGAGGAGGCCAUGGCCUACGCCGCCCACCGUCUCCCAGGCGUCUACGCCUGCACCUUUCGCGUCAUGAACGAGAUCAAGCUGCGGCGACCGGAGUGGACGCCGAAGUCGCUGAUGGACUUUGGGUCGGGUCCGGGGACGGCCGUGUGGUCGGCGACCGAGGUGUGGCCCGAGCUGGACAACAUCCUCGCCGUCGAGCCCUCGGAGGCCAUGAUCGACGUCGCCAACGAACUGUGUAAAGGUAAACCGGUCAAGUGGAAGCGGCUGCUGCCCACCGACCCCAACGAGAGGUACGACGUGGUGAUCGCGUCGUACGUGCUCAGCGAGCUGCCCAGCGAAGAGGAGCGCCUGGCCAAAAUCAAUGCCCUCUGGAAGCAUACCCGACGCGGCGGCAUCAUGAUUCUCGUGGAGCCCGGCACGCCGGUGGGCUUCCACAACAUCAAGUUGGCCCGAAGCACGGUACUCGGAGACCUGUCCCACGGCCUUCCCAACGUGUUGGCUCCGCGCAUGCAACGAAUCCCCGUCCAGACCCAGUCCAAGCAGAACACCUCCAUCAACUGGGAGGACGAAAAGUUUUCCUACGUCGUUCUCACCAAGGGCAAUCUGCUGGUCGACAAGAACGAGGCGUUUGACCGGCUGCUGAUCAGCCCGCAGAAGCGGGGCCGGCACGUCAUCAUGAAGACCUGCGGCCAGGACGGAGAGAUCACCACGCGCAUCAUCGCCAAAUCCGACGGAGCAAUCUACAAAGAAGCCCGCAAGGCGGCGUGGGGCGACGGGUUUGGGUUCCCGGACGAGACGUCGAAGCGGGAUCUGGCGGGCAAGUUCCGGCCCAAGGCCUUCAAGUACCGAAGUCUGUCCAAGGUCGGCUCGGUUGCGCCUGCGACUCGCGGCCGCCGCCCGCCCAAGCCUGCGGCCGACGCCGAUGCCAAGGAGGACUCCCAGGUCAUGUAG